UUCACUGGGGCAGGAGAGAGCGAGAGGACACUGUGUACACAACGCGCAGCGGCAGGUGUUAGGAGGGGCGUGUGACACGGCGCCUAGAAACCCGCCGAUGUUUGCGUGAGUCUGUGGCCACGCGAACCCCUCGCCCCCCACCCCGCGCGUCCCCACUACCAAACCACCCGGCGGGUUCCUUCCUUGCGCGUCCACCCGGCCGCUGGUUCGCGCACUGCCGGGCGGCCACGUCCCCCACUCCUCUUCUGAAACGCCACCAAGCUGUGCAUCCUGACCAAUAGACUAUUGGGGGUGUAGGGAGAGCAAGCUACCGGUUUCCGCAAGCAGUUGCAAGAAUAGCAAUCUUGAGGGCUUUUGGAAAUUCAUCAUGAUUGUUGGGCUGAUUACUAAAUUACUAUUUCACCGUACAUUUACAAAGGCUUCCUUUUUCGAUAUGCGUGGCUGGCAUUGAAUGUGCCACCGUUCAUUGAGGCUUCGCCUGUAGGGACAACAACGAAUGGUGCAUAGGGUACACGCCACGCUAAUAUUAAUAGACUGAAUAUUAAUCCAUCUAAUUGCUAUUGCUUCCAUGCGAGAGCUUCGAUAGAAUUUCUGGAGGAGUAGAGACCUCAUCAUUCAAUAUCAUGUGUACUAUACAGGAGAUCCAAAUUGCAAAACUAUACAUUUAUCUUCUAACUUCGCUUUUAAAGAGACACAAGCAAUCAUGAAUAUUGAACAAUAACAACAUUCAACUGGACGUGUCUGUAUGAUCUUAAUUAUUAUUAAAUUUGAUCAAUUAAAACGAAAAUACCCACUUUUUUACCUGAAUGAUGAUUGUUAAAACCAUAAGGUCAAUACACAGGUAAGAGUGCUGAUACAAAAUGAGCAAAAUUCAGAAUCAGUCCACGCCCGGUAAGGUUACACCGCUACAUGUGUUUGCAAAUACCGUAGACAAAGAACCACGUAGUAGUCCGCAUUUUUUAUAACGUUUUACCUGAGCCUAUUAAAUUUCAGAUAUUUUUCGGAUUUUCAGAUUGUUCACAUCGUGUCCUAAUGUAGCAAUAUCUUAAUGCUAACGAUAGUGAUGUCACUUAAAUCCACGUGCCGUCACUUUUGGAAACAAAACAGGAACUUUAUUUCUUUAAGAGUUUUAAAAUUGGGAACAUAUCCCAAACUCGCAUUCGGAAUUCCGGCCAAUAUGCAGCAAUAAGGGGAAACGAGUGAUUGGAUCAGAUCGUCGUGCUGAGAUAGAAUGCAGCAACAGCAGCAGCAGCCACCGUCGCAGACAUUCAACCUCCUUCGUAUGCAAAUGACGGGCGAGCAAGACAAGCAGGGACGUGUGCGAUUGGACGUGGGUACGAACGCGGCCCCUGGCGCCAAGACCUCCAACCCGUAUGCCAUCGACGUGGUGCGGCUGCGCAAGAAAGAGCUCUCCCGGGGCAUCAUCAACACGGAGCAGCUGCUCGAAUCGCUUGUGGAGCACGGCGUGCUCAGCUAUGACAAGAGGAUGGCGCUGUCGACGCUGCGGACACGCGAGGAGCGCAACACGCGGAUGCUCGAGAUGGUGGCGCGGUCCGGCGAGCGGGCGUGCCGCCUCUUCUUCCACCCAUGCCUCAAGCAGGCCGAGCCCGAGCUCUACUCCACCAUUCGCCGCUACGUGGGCGAGGUGUCGCGCCAGGUAGGCGACAGCCGACGCCAGCUCAUCGGCUACCUGCUCGAGAGAGACAACGGCAGCCUGGAGGAGUUUGAGAAUGGCGACGAUCCGCCCAGCAAGGUCAAGGUGAUCACCCGCAAGCCCAGGAAGAUGCCGGUGGGAGACGCCCCUCCGCCCAAGGUGGAGAAGCCGGCACAGGAGCCAGAGCCGCCACCGCCGCAGCCGCAGCCCGAGGUCCUGGUGGUCACCGAUGAAGCGACCUUCAAGGCUGCAAUCGAUGGAGACCUCGCCUACUUCGAGAGGGCUUCUCUGACAAGCGGCGACGUGAACAAGGUGAAUGAGAGGAAGGAGACCCUGCUUCAUCUGGCCGCCGCACAGGGCCAUGCCAGCUUGGUGGAGUUCCUGCUGAAGAAGGGAGCCAAGUUCAACAUGAAGGAUGUAAACGGGCGAACCGCGCUUCACGCGGCGGCCGAGAAUGGCCAAGAUGCAGUGCUCCGAUUGCUGCUGAGCGCCGGGGCUGACGUUUACGCUCUGGAUAACAAGGGGGAGAAUGCAGCCGAGCUGGCCUUGAGAAACAACCACACGAGCGCCGCGAGCAUCCUUGUGGAGCACGAGAAGACGCGGCGAGACCGCAGGAGGCACCUCAUCCACAUGGCGGCCCUCAAGAACGAGAGCCGCGUCGUGGCCGCGCUGCUGCAAUGCGGGGCCAAUGUGGCCUCUCCGGAUGAGAAGGACCGCACGGCGCUCUACUACGCUGUUACCGGCGGCUUCACAGAGACCGUGCAGGUCCUCCUGGCGGCCGGCGCCAAGUGCGACCAUGACCUCGUCGACAUGGCGUUUGACGCCAACAAUGCAGGCAUGUUUGAGCUGCUGCUGCUGAGCCACGCGCUUGGGGAGAUGUCGGACGAGGCCAAGGCGAGGCUCCUCUUCAAGGCUGUGGAGCGAGGCCUCGAUGGCACGGUGCUCGCGCUGCUCAAGCAAGGCGCCGACCCCAACGCGGCGGACGCUGGGAGGUCCUCCUACACGCCGCUGCUGCUUGCGGCAGAGAUGGGUCACGCGGAUGUGGCGCUGGUGCUGCUGGAGCAGGGCGCCCGCGUCGACGUCAGGACGUCGGACUCCAGCUCCGCGCUGCACCUGGCGAGCGGCAAAGGUCACGUGUCGACGGUGCAACUGCUCCUCGGCAAGGGCCUGGCCGUUGGUGUCACUGGCCACCUGGAGCGAACGGCCCUGCACUCCGCGGCCGCCGAGGGCCACCUCGCCGUGGCGGAGCUCCUGCUGCGGGAAGGGGCCAAGGUCGGCGCGGCAGGCAGGGACGGCGCCACGCCGCUGCAUCUUGCUGCCGAAUCAGGCCACGUGGAGGUGGCCCGGUUGCUGGUGAAGAACGGCGCCGACCCCGGCGCAAAGGACAAAAAGGGCAAGACACCGCUGCACUUGUCUGCGAUGGGUGGCGACGUGCACCUGCUCGAGGUGCUGCUGGAGGAGAAGCGAGCCGACGUGAACGUGGCCGAUGGAGAGAAGAAGACCCCUCUCCACCUGGCGGCGGGACACGGCCACGUGUCGGCUGUGUCGCUGCUGCUGGCCAGGGGAGCCAAGGCUUUCUCGCGCGACAUGGACGGCAACGCCGCGCUCCACUUCGCCGCUGCCGCUGGCAGCGCGGAGGCCACCGGGGUGCUCCUGGAGGCCGGCCGCGCGGGAAAGACCAACAGCAAGCGCAAGUCGGCCGCCGACGAGCGCAACACGUGGCGCAAGACGCCACUGCACAUCGCGGCCGAGACGGGGCGGCCCGAGCUGGUGGAGCUGCUGCUCAAGAGCGGCGGCGCGUCGCUCAACGCCCUGGACAACUCGCGCGACACCCCCCUGCACUGCGCUGUCCGGGGGGCCCACGUGGCGGCGGCCAGACUCCUGGCCGGGUGGGCCGAGGGCCCCGAGAAGCCGAACCUGUUUGCCGCCAACGCUCUGGACAAAACGCCGCUGCAGCUGGCGGAGGCAGGCGACACGGACGGUCACCGCGAGAUCGCCACCCUGCUCAGGAAGAAAAUGAGGAUCAUAUAACAAUGUGCACGGCUCGCGAGUUUCCUGACCCGCCCGGUUGUGAACAUCAGAGCCGUGCAGGGCAUGCAACUCAUCAGUGCCGCGCCACAUGAGGGUUGCCACCUCUGAGACAUACAUUUCCGGGACAAAUUGUAGGAGUUAAAGGAAUGUCUAGACAAUACCGGAAGAGGGGAGAACUGCACGUAAAUGUCUUGGUGUGGUGUACAGUAUGAUGAUGAUGAUUAUUGUUAUUACAAAGCAAAUGGCAAUAAAUACAGGACUUUUAAUAUCCUGGAAAAUCUGUAAGACUUCCCAGGACAGCGAUCUCAAUGACGAUUCUUGGAAAACACAAUGUGGCAAAACACAAUCAGAAUCUGUAUUCAUCCUGGAGGAAUCCGAUGAGCGAUGAAGCUCUUCUGACCCACUCCAGUAGGGUCCAGAGGCCUUCUCUGCUGGCUUAGAGAUUGUCAGAAUCAGAAAAAUGUAUUUUUAUAAUUUAAUAUAUAUUUUUUCAUUAAUGCUAUAUGUAUUUUACAAAGUUCGUUCCCAUCAGUCUAUUAAUGUCAUUUCAUGGCUACUCUUUCCCUCAGUUGUGCUGCUUUUACUACAGCUCACAUAAAUUAGAGCUUUUACCAAUCAGAUUUUCCACCUGUGCCGUCUCAGCCUCUCUGGGUGAAAAAUCUACCCUGAGGCCUUCAGGUUGCCAUGUUGGGCGUAUUCUUUGACACGCCAGAGCCUUCUAGCUGGCCGAGUCGCCUACGUUCGCAUUUUUCGUGUGGCGUGAUCGGAGGGCCAGUUAGCUAACUGAAGUAAAACUAGCUAGCACAUAAUGUAGCAUCAUUUAAGAUGUAUUUAAACUUUCCUUCGUGACUUUUAGAUUUUUAAAUGUAGUGCUUUAGAUUUUUUUCUUCUGUGGGGAAGCCUGUUGAAUCCUGAUUGUGUUAUUUGUGUUUUACGGCUGGUUGUUGUGAGUUUGUUCUUGUUUCUUUGGUAAUGACAUUGAUUUGGGCUAUGCGAUGUUUAUUUGUGAUGCAGCAUCCUCUCAUACUGUAAUAGUGGUACAUCCUUGAUGGUUUCAGUCACCAUGUAUUCAUGUCUUUGCCAAUUAGUGUAUUGUAACUCUCAUAGGUGUUGAUCCUCGUGUUAAAUCACUUUAUUCCACUCGAUAAAGGUUACUGUUACUGUGAAUAUGGUGUGGUUACGUCGAAUGACAACAGCCUAUAGCCCUAGUGUCAUGGUGAGGUUAUUCGAAGGCUGUUUAAUUGCGGGAGGAUAGCACUGAAGGCCUCGGUGUAAAAUACACGGCCCACCACUGGUAGGGUCAGAAUGCUACAACAACACACAAACAACAACAACAAACAAACAUGCUAUACAUGCGACAUGAUCAAAACAUAUCCCAUACCUGUCAACCCCUCAUCAGUGCCCUACCUUAUUACAGAACAAUUCAGACCUUAUUGGUCACCCCGUGCCUUUAUAAAUCUCAACGUUCAUCCUACAAAGGCCCAUCACAAGGGAGAAACAUAAACAAAUAGACAUUUGUUUUAUUUCGAAACGGCUGUAAAAUUUCUUGCACCAGAAUACGGGUAAACGGUAUGGGUUGAUAGGUAUAUCCGGGUUGAUUGAACUUAAAAUUUGCAAUGUUGGCACAUGACAGCACUCCCCUAGUCAAGUAUGUAUGUUGAACUUCUUUCCCACCGCACGUAGCUAAACACGCGAAUCGGAGGUGCGGGCGAAGGAAAACAAACUAAACACAACAAAGCGGUUCUAAAGAAACGAGUUUUCAAUCUCCAUUGAAAAGUCACGCAUGCGUUUUGUUGAAAACCGCACAAUAUCGAAUUCACGUUUUGUUGUUAGAAGGAUUCCCCCCCCCCGCCUUCCCAAUCAUCACAUACAGGGGGGAGGGGCCCGGUACGCGGGGGGGGGGGCACGCGGGUGCCCAGU